CCGCGCGCUGCGGGCGGGAGGCGGCGUCCGCACGGCCGACUUGCAGCCCCCGCCCUUGUUUUCCGUGCGCCGCGGGAGGCUGCAGAGCCAGAGGCGCCGGACCCUCGCGCGGCGCCCGGGCGUCCCCGACGGCCGCCUAAAGCCCUCGCCUUAGGGAGGAGCAGGGAAGAACUUUCUUUGAACCGCGAACAUUUUUUGGUCAUUGGGGCGGUCUCGCAUGCUUGGGUUUCCCGCCUUUUGAUUGCGGGUUUGAUCUGCGCCGCUCUCCUCAUUCCUCAGCUCCCUGAGCGCAGCCGGGAGCCCUCGCGCGCGCGAGUGCGGGCAGAAGCUGUCCGGCGCCGGGGGCUCGGGGGGCGCGCGGCAUGCAGUCUCUCAACAUCUCCCGGGAGCAGUUCUCCCGGCUUCUGCGGGACCACAACCUGACGCGGGAGCAGUUCAUCGCGCUCUACCGGCUGCGGCCGCUCGUCUACACCCCCGAGCUACCCGGGCGAGCCAAACUGGCCUUCGUGCUCACCGGCGUGCUCAUCUUCGCCCUGGCUCUCUUUGGCAACGCGCUGGUGGUCUACGUAGUGACCCGCAGCAAGGCCAUGCGCACCGUCACCAACAUCUUCAUCUGCUCCUUGGCACUCAGCGACCUGCUCAUCGCCUUCUUCUGUAUCCCGGUCACUAUACUCCAGAACAUCUCUGACACCUGGCUGGGGGGUGCCUUCAUUUGCAAGAUGAUGCCAUUUGUCCAGUCUACUGCUGUUGUGUCAGAAAUUCUCACUAUGACCUGCAUUGCUGUGGAAAGACACCAGGGGCUUGUGCAUCCCUUUAGAAUGAAGUGGCAAUACACCAACCAAAGGGCGUUCACAGUGCUAGGUGUGGUCUGGCUGGUGGCAGCUGCCGUGGGAUCACCCAUGUGGCAUGUGCAGCGACUUGAGGUUAAGUAUGACUUCUUAUAUGAGAAAGAGCACAUCUGCUGCUUGGAAGAGUGGAACAGCCCUGUGCACCAGAAAAUCUACACCACCUUCAUCCUUAUCAUCCUCUUCCUCCUGCCGCUUAUGGUGAUGCUCAUCUUGUACAGUAAAAUCGGUUAUGAACUUUGGAUAAAGAAAAGAGUGGGGGAUUGCUCGGUGCUUCGAACUAUUCAUGGAAAAGAAAUGUCAAAAAUAGCCAGGAAGAAGAAACGAGCUGUCAUUAUGAUGGUGACAGUGGUGGCUCUCUUCGCUGUGUGCUGGGCACCUUUCCAUGUCAUUCACAUGAUGAUUGAGUACAGCAAUUUUGAAAAUGAACAUGAUGACAUCACAAUCAAGAUGACUUUUGCUAUAGUGCAAGUAAUUGGGUUUUCCAAUUCUAUCUGUAAUCCCAUUGUUUAUGCAUUUAUGAAUGAAAAUUUCAAAAAAAAUUUUUUAUCUGCAGUUUGUUAUUGCAUAAUAAAAGAGAAUUUAUCUCCAACACGCAAGCAUGGAAAUUCAGGAAUUACGAUGAUGCAGAAGAAAGCAACAUUUUCCUGGAGAGAGAACCAAGUAGAGGAGACCAAAGGAGAAGCAUUCAGUGAUGGCAACAUUGAAGUCAAAUUGUGUGAACAAUCAGAGAGGAGAAAAAGUCUCAAAUGACAUCUUGCCCUGUUUAGUUUCUGA